GGGAACUGCCUCCUCUCCAUCGAUUGGUAACGCCUGCGCUGUGCUGUCUCCAGCUUCCAUUUGUCAGGUCUGGCUGUGUUGCUGGCCGUGGAAGCUUCCCGGGGUCUCGGUUCUUUCUAGUCUUCCACAACCGACCCUCAUCCCCCGGGAACCGUCACUCGGGGCCAGCACACUGACUGUACAGUAUCGUGUGAGAGUCCGGCAGCUUUCCUGGGCCCGGUAACGGAGACCGGGGGAGAGGGGAGGUGAUAGGGAAGGAGCGCAGCAGAAGAGCCGGGGACGGGAGGAGCGCAGGCCCGCGGCUCAGUCUCAUUGUUAUCUGGCCUGAUCUGGGAGUGAGCCCGGGCGGCUACACACAAGGCCCCUGCUCUGGCCUUGAUGAUGAUCCGGCGGCGGGGGUCCGGCUCUUCCCCGGCAGCUCCUCUCACCAGCGGCUGAGCCUACAUCACACCGGCGGAACCUGGCACAGUACCCUAUAAAUCUUGUGCCCCACUUUACCCCCCCUGCUGCUUCAUCUGACUUACGUUCCUUUGAGGUGAUCUUGUGCCCCGAAGAAUGAACUGCUGCCUCCCUGUUGGAGCCUGGCGGGCUGCCUGGGCAGCAGAUGGCAUCACCUGUGAUGAUGACACUAAGCUGUGUAGAACUGUACGGUCUAUGGAAGAUGUCCACAAACUACAAGCUGACAUGAACACUCUGAGAGAUUGGGCAACAACUUGGCAAAUGAGGUUCAAUGUGGACAAAUGUAUGGCAUCACAGCUGCAGGUGUUCUCCCCUCCUUCGGUAUCGUCCAGUGCCUUCUGUAGUGCAAAGAAACUUAAAGUUGAGCCUUCUGGCUGGGAUGUUACGGGACAGGGUAAUAGCAACAAGUAUUACGCACACGGCAAGAACCUCUCAGUCGCUCAAGGGCACGCAAGUUCAUCUCACCCGGUAGCCAACUUCAGUCUACCUGCCUACCAGCCCAGUCUCCUCAUUCCAGCCUCUGCAGCAGAGCAUAUAGUGGUAACGGCCGCCGACAGUACCGGCAGCGGGCCCACCACCUCCUCCUUCCAGAGCAGCCAAAUCCUCAACCACAGAAGCAACGUUUCUUUACUGGAACCGUACCAAAAAUGUGGACUGAAAAGAAAAAGUGAAGAGGUGGACAGCAACGGUAGCGUGCAGAUUAUUGAUGAACGGCCACCUCUAAUGCUGCAAAACAGAACCGCGGUGGGUGCUGCUGCCACGACCACCACUGUAACCACUAAAAGCAGCAGUUCCAGUGGCGAGGGGGAUUACCAGCUCGUUCAGCAUGAGAUUCUGUGUUCCAUGACCAACAGCUAUGAAGUCCUGGAGUUUUUGGGCCGAGGGACUUUUGGCCAAGUGGCGAAAUGCUGGAAGCGAAGCACCAAGGAAAUUGUGGCCAUUAAGAUCCUAAAGAACCAUCCUUCCUAUGCCAGGCAAGGCCAGAUAGAAGUAAGCAUCCUCUCGCGCCUGAGCAACGAGAAUGCGGACGAGUACAACUUUGUACGUUCGUACGAGUGCUUCCAGCACAAGAAUCACACUUGCCUUGUUUUUGAAAUGUUGGAACAGAACUUAUAUGACUUUCUGAAGCAGAAUAAGUUCAGCCCUCUUCCGCUGAAGUACAUUCGACCCAUAUUACAGCAGGUUGCCACUGCCCUGAUGAAGCUGAAGAGCUUGGGGCUGAUUCAUGCUGACCUGAAACCAGAGAACAUCAUGCUGGUGGAUCCAGCGCGUCAGCCGUACAGAGUGAAGGUGAUCGACUUCGGCUCCGCCAGCCAUGUUUCCAAGGCCGUGUGCUCCACCUACUUGCAGUCUCGGUACUACAGAGCUCCUGAGAUCAUCCUUGGGCUACCGUUUUGUGAAGCAAUAGACAUGUGGUCUCUAGGUUGUGUGAUAGCGGAGCUGUUCCUCGGGUGGCCUCUCUAUCCAGGUGCUUCAGAGUAUGAUCAGAUAAGGUACAUCUCCCAGACACAAGGACUUCCUGCAGAGUACCUUCUCAGUGCUGGAACAAAGACUUCCAGAUUUUUCAAUCGAGACCCAGAUCUGGGCUACCCAUUAUGGAGGUUAAAGACGCCAGAAGAGCAUGAAAUGGAAACUGGAAUAAAAUCUAAAGAGGCUCGCAAGUACAUCUUCAACUGUUUAGAUGACAUGGCACAAGUGAACAUGUCGACAGACCUAGAAGGCACAGAUAUGUUGGCAGAGAAGGCAGACAGAAGAGAAUAUAUAGACUUGCUGAAGAAAAUGUUGACUAUUGACGCAGAUAAGAGGAUCACUCCGAUGAAAACCUUACAUCACCCUUUUGUUACCAUGAAUCAUCUGCUGGACUUCCCGCACAGUAACCAUGUAAAGUCAUGUUUUCAGAACAUGGAGAUAUGCAAGAGGAGAAACAAUAUGUAUGACACAGUGAACCAGAUUAAGAGUCCUUUCACCACUCACGUGGCUCCUAACACAAGCACAAAUCUGACUAUGAGUUUUAAUAACCAGUUGAACACUGUGCACAAUCAGGCUAGUGUGCUGGCUUCAAGCUCUUCUGCUACAGCGACUCUUUCCCUGGCUAAUGCUGAUGUGCCAUUGUUAAACUAUCAGUCAGCGCUUUACCCCCCAUCUGCUGCCCCAGUGACUGGUGUUACCCAGCAAGGAGUUCCUCUUCAGCCUGGAGCCACCCAGCUCUGCACCCAAACAGAUCCAUUCCAGCAAACCUUUAUCGUUUGCCCCCCAGCCUUUCAAGCUGCUGGGCUUCAAGCAACUGCCAAGCAUUCCGGUUUUCCUGUUCGGAUGGACAGUACUGUCCCCAUUGUGCCCCAAGCUCCUGCUGCCCAGCCUCUUCAGAUUCAGUCGGGGGUCCUCACACAGGGAAGCUGUACCCCACUAAUGGUAACAACUCUUCAUCCACACGUAGCAACCAUCACGCCGCAGUAUGCGGUACCCUUUACCCUGAACUGCGCAGCCGGGCGGCCGGCGUUAGUAGAACAGACCGCUGCUGUACUGCAGGCAUGGCCUGGUGGGACACAGCAAAUCUUGCUGCCAUCCACAUGGCAGCAACUUCCCGGUGUCGCCCUUCACAAUUCUGUUCAGCCAACAACCGUGAUCCCUGAAACCAUCGGAAGUAACCAGCAGCUCACGGACUGGAGAAAUGCACAUUCCCAUGGAAACCAGUAUAGCGCCCUGAUGCAGCAGCCGUCAUUACUUGCCAACCACGUGACCUUAGCUGCCGCUCAGCCUCUAAACGUUGGGGUUGCUCAUGUUGUUCGACAGCAGCAAAAUGGAAACAUGUCGGCAAAGAAAAACAAGCCGCAGCAAGCACAGAAUAAUGCCAAGACCUUGUCUGCGUUGGACAUCAUCCCAUCCCAGGUGUAUUCACUUGUUGGAAGUAGCCCUCUCCAUGCCUCCACAUCCUACAACCAUCUUCUCCCAAUCCAAGAACAGCGACAGCCCAUAGUAAUCCCUGAUACUCCCAGCCCACCUGUGAGUGUUAUUACCAUCCGCAGUGAUACCGAUGAGGAAGAGGACAGCAAGUACAAGCCAGUAAGCUCUGGUUUGAAGAUGCGGUCUAACGUGAUCAGCUAUGUAACAGUCAACGACUCUCCGGAUUCUGACUCCUCUGUCAGUAGCCCAUACCUGGCGGACCAGCUUUCUUCUCUUAAUGGAGUACACAGUGUUUUCGAAGUUCCAGGUGGCAGAGGACCUCAUGCACAGAGUUUAAGUUCCCGUACCAUUAUUGUUCCCCCGUUAAAGAUGCAGCCUCACGAUUGUAACCUGGACAAUCACUUGUCAGGUAUUCUAGGCAACUCUGGCAAGUUGAAGACUUCUGCAUCUUCUAGUGGACAAUCAUCUGGUAGUUGCAUCUCCCAAACAAGCUAUCGUUCCCACCGCAUGGUGAAUGGAGUACAGCCCCUCAAUCUCAGUCAGAACCAGCAGCCAGCUUCCAUGGCAUCCCAAGAAAGAAGUAUAAAUCCUCCUCCUCGCAGACAACAAGCCUAUGUUGCUCCUCUCCCAUCGAUUUCUCAGGCACCCUUCACUUUCCAGCACAGUAGUCCAUUGCACUCUUCUGUGCACCCUCACCUUGCUGCAGCUGCGUCUGCCACCAGCCACCUAACAAGCCAGCCUCAUAUGUACACGUACGCUCCCACCACUGCUGCAUCCCUGGGGUCCACCACGUCAAUAGCUCAUCUGUUUUCCCCUCAGGGCUCCUCAAGGCACACGACAUAUGCCACCCAUCCCAGUACUCUGGUUCAUCAGGUUCCAGUCAGCGUGGGACCUAGCUUGCUGACCUCUGCCAAUGUGGCUCCCGCACAGUAUCCGCACCAAUUUGCAACCCAGUCAUAUAUCAAUGCCUCUAGGGGUUCUGCACUCUACACUGGAUAUCCUUUAAGUCCAGCAAACAUGAACCAGUACUCCUACCUAUAAUUCAGAAUCUGGAAGCUUUUAUUUUAUUUUAGUUUUUUUAGUUUUUUUUUUUUUUACUUGACUGUUAUACAGCAAGAUUUGCUAGAAGCACGCUUGGAGGAAAAGGGGCUCUCUUCCUUAACGACUGCAUUGUUGUAGUCACAUUAAGCUUGUUCAGUGUUAAUUCAUUCUGUGGUUUUGUGGAUCACAUGUUUUGUAGCAUUCUCGUGCAUCGUCCCGGAGCAUAGAAACUGCGUUGCCAGCGAGUCGGGCCUCUCUUCUGCUGAAGACGGAUAGCUGUGGACUGCAAUUACAUUAUCCACUGUUUGCUGCGUUUUAUUCUUUAGUAGAUUAGAUGAGAUGUUUUAGCUCUUAAGUUUUUAUUUUUUUUAUUUCUUUUGUUAAUUUCGCCUACAUAUAAGCUAAUAUUUUAUGUGUGAUAAAUGAAGUAUUCAUAAUGCUUUUGAUUAUGCGCUUUCAAUCUGUAGUUAUUAGGUUGAAAUGUUAACUUUUUAUCGUUAUUAUAAUUAUUAUUUUAGACUGUGCUUUCAACUGAUUUCUUUGCUUCCCACAAAGUAUUUUUCUGGUAAUAGCUGCUUCUUGGACUCGUGGAUAUACAUACGACACUGGUGCAUAUUAUGCAAUUAUUUAGUUUUUUUUUCUUUUUCUUUUCAGUCUUCAUAAAAAAUUAAUGUGACGUGGCUGUAUUACUCAACGUGGCAAUAUGUUAUUGGCUCUC